AUGCUGGCCUGGUUUGCCCCUCCGCGUGCCUCCUGGUCCUUCGGCAACUUCGCAGGGCUUUACGAUGCGUCGUCGAUGCGAAGUGCUGAUGCCGGCCAGCAGGUUGCCAAACCUGACAGCGCAGACGGAUGCCUCGAAGGUGUGAGUACAAGCACAAGUGACUCCUUGCGUACUUUUGUAAGGACCCUGGCACACCCUCAGCGCUCCGCUGUGCUGGUGCUGGCGCUGAGCUUUGUCGCAGUGGGCAUCCAAACCUGGGACGAGGAUGUGGUGCUGAGCCGGCUGUUGGUAUUGGUCGGCCUCUUCGCUGCUCCUGCUGCCAUGGGGCGGCUGCCGCCAUCCGAAGUGAUUGACGUCAGUCAUGAAGUGGGCGACAUGGAUGAGGGAACUCGGAGUAUGCAGCACGGUUCGGGUGCUGCGAGUGCAAAUGUGCAGGCGCCCAAGUCUAUGUUGAUGGACCCAUCGCCUGGUCUCGGCGUCUGA